AUGGCUAGCACGCUCAACAAGCGACCCUCGACACCGACCGUCACAGGCUCAGCUGCCAAACGGUCCAAGCCUGACUACAACAGUAUCAUCUCAGUACUGGUCGGUGAGGAUGAGGAGGAGUUCAAAGUCCACAAGACCACCCAUUGCGACCGAUCACCAUAUUUUAAGGCUGCCUGCUCGACUCGCUGGCAGGAAGGUCGAGAAGGCGUCGUUAGACUGCCUGAUCACAAACUAUCCACCUUCGCAAUCUACAUCCACUGGUCGUAUACCGGCGAGCUAGACGUCAAGCUAGUGGGAAAGGGCGAGAGCGGUAGCCCGGAUUCACACGAGGAGCUUGUGCGGACCUGGAUCCUGGCACACUACCUUGGCAGCCUCGACCUGUGCAAUCUCGUCAUCGACCCAGAUGCUGCAGCGGUACGAGGGUGA